AUGAACGACCAAGACAAUAAUUGCAUCAAAGAUGUGGCGUUCGGCCUGCGCGCCGACUGCGACGCGCCCGACUUCCCCGCCGUCGAGUACCGAUGGAUCUUCUGGCUCUCGGUCGCAACUGCGGCCGCCUUCACAGCGGUCGCGGCUCUCCGCAUACUCCGCCUUUACCGGUCCCAGGACCCGUCCGUUGUGCGCGGCGCCGGAAUCAUGUGGAUCGCCAAGCUCGUUGCCGGCGCCGUAUUCACCGGGCUAAGACUCGGUCUUCUCGUCGUGGUGCUUCGCCCGCAGAAUGGCCAUCCUAAUGCGGAGCUCGUAGCAUCCACAGCCCUCAAUUUCACCGCGUCUUGUCUAUUAUUCGCGCUCUCGCCACUUGAGCAUUUCAAACGGUCUCGGCCUUCCAUUUUGGCUUGCUCUUUCCUCUUUCUCGCUCUGAUCUACGACAUCUAUCGAUGUCCUUCCCUCUGGUCUGCAUCAGACCAACCAAAUAAUGAACACCUGUCACUGUCUUUCAAGGUCCUGUUCACGACUGCAAUCGUCGUCGAGGUCUUGUUCUUGGGACUAGAGAGCUUGAAGCGGAGGCGGUGGGUUAAGUGGGACUCGGACGAGCACAGUCCGGAAGAGACGAGCAGCAUCUUGAGUCUUGGCCUCUAUUCAUGGCUCAAUCCCUUGUUGUGGAAGGGUUACCACAAGCCCUUGAUAAUGGAUGAUCUGUUCCCACUUGAUACUUCCAUCUCUGUCGCAAAGCUAGACACUCGAAGAAGCCCGGAGUCGAAAGGAACCUCUAUCUCAGACCUCGUUCUGUGGCUCGCGAGGCCGCUGGGCUGGUCCGUUCUGUUGCCCAUUCUUCCAAGACUUUGUCUUCUUGGUUUCACCUUCUGCCAACCUUUCUUCCUCCAACGCCUACUGGGCUUCUUGUCAUCUAAUGAAGACAACUCAUCAACCGCCUCCGGACUCGUCGCAGUCGCAGUCUUGACCUACUCAGGUAUCGCCAUCUCAACUGCCCUGUACUGGUACUACCAAGAACGUUUUCAGUCCCUCUUCCGCGCGUACCUGAUAUCUGCAAUCUACCAGAAAACGGCCGAAAUUCAGCAUGUGGGCGAUGGCGACUCGGCUGCCGUCACACUGAUGGGUGCCGAUGUCGAGAGAAUCUACACUGGCCUCCGCCUCAUGCACGAAGUCUGGGCCAAUGCAAUCCAGAUCGGAAUUGCUUCUUGGCUUCUACAUCGGCAGCUCGGCCUCGCCUUCCUUGCCCCCCUUGUCAUCGUCCUCAUUUGUUUCUUCAUCUCGUUUGCGAUAUCAAAACGUGCUGUACCCUACCAAAGCGCGUGGAUGGCCCGCGUGCAAAAACGCAUCGCAGCCACCUCGGUCGUUCUCUGCAACAUCAAGGAUCUGCGUGUGUCUGGAAUGAUUCGUCCCGCUGCGGCUCUCGUACAGCGGGAGAGGGAAGACGAGAUCCGUGUGGGAGAGCGCUCGCGCAUCCUCAUCGCCAUUAGUGCCAGUUCGAGCCAGCUUCCGCAAGCUAUUGCGCCAGCUUUAGCCUUCGCUUUCGGCCCAAAGGUUUUGGACGAAACGCGAGCAUUUACAGCGCUCUCCUUUCUGGCGCUGCUGACGGCACCGUUACUAGUCGUACUGCAAAGCUUGCCCAUUAUAGCUGCUUCUCUUGCAUGCCUUCAGAGAAUCAAGGUGUUUCUGGCUCGGGGGGCGAGAGUGGAUGGGAGGCACAUCGUUGACCCGACUGACACUGAUGAGAAGACUGGGCAUCCGGAUACUGAGGUUAAGAGCAAAGAGGCUUUCAUUAGCAUUCAAGAUGGAAGUUUCGGCUGGACAGACGACAAGCCCGUCCUCAAAGACAUCAGUAUCUGCGUUCCCCAGUCAUCCAUCACGUUCGUGGUCGGUCCCGUUGCCAGCGGAAAAUCCACACUCUGUCGAGCUUUACUUGGCGAGGUGUCUCACGCCAAGGGCAUCAUCACCUUGGGAUCUAAGAAACUAGCAUACUGCGACCAGACGCCGUUUCUCUUCAAUGCCUCGAUCAUGGAGAACAUCAUUGGGUUCUCUCCACUCAACACAGCUCGCUACGCCGACGUCAUACGGGCAGCAAUGCUGUUGGACGACUUGGCAACCAUGCCAGCUGGAGACAGGACUGUUGUGGGCACGAAGGGUGUCUCGCUGAGUGGUGGCCAGCGGCAGCGUAUAUCUCUCGCAAGAGCACUCUAUCAUGAAGCAGAUAUCUUGGUCCUCGAUGACGUGUUUCGCGGCCUAGAUUCAUCGACGCAGCACCAAGUUUGCCAGGCCAUCUUCGGAAGCAAUGGACUUCUAAGAAAGCGGGGCACGACUACCAUUAUUUCUACGCACUCGACACAAUUGUUGCCGGUUGCCGAUUCAAUCAUUGCGCUCACACAAGAGGGUACUAUUCUCGAUCACGGCACAGUCAUAGACAUUACAGAAGAUCAGGAGAGAGCUCGACGAUUCGGUCUCACGAGUAUCCCAGAAGCUAUCAUAAGACAAAGCAAGAACGACGCGACAACGGAUGAGAUGGAAACAUCCCGGUCAAAGGAUGCGAGAGAAGCAUCACAGCCUCCGAAGACGGUCAUUGUACCAAAACCCCAGCCUACCUCAGCAACCAUUCCCACCGUCGACUUGACCGUCUACCGCCACUGGCUUUCCACCAUGAAGCCUCUUCCGCUGAUCAUGUUCGCUAUUUUAGUGAUUGGUGUUGGCUUCUGUGCCAACUUCCCAACAAUCUGGCUCAAGUUUUUGUCGGCAGACUCAACGUCUUCCACGCCUCAGCAUAGCUUCGCCUUCUGGAUGGGACUUUAUACCCUCAUCGGAGCAGGUGGUGUUAUCUGCGUUUUCCCUGCUGGUCUCAUCAUGCUUCGCACUGCCGUACGUCUUGCUGGGAAAGACCUUCAUCAUGCCACAGUCGACACAGUCAUGAAUAGCAGCCUCCGAUUUCUAAGCACCACGGACGUUGGCAAGAUCCUAAACCUUUUCAGUCAGGAUAUGAACAUCAUGGAUACGCAACUGCCUCGCAUGAUUAACAACCUCUGCUUUUGUCUUGCCAUCGCCGUUGGGCAGGCUGCCGUGAUUGCAGUGUCUUCAGCCUGGCUGGCAAUUAGCUAUCCGUUCUUCGUGUUGUUGCUGUGGGUGGUUCAGAAGAUUUAUCUUCCCACCUCCAAGCGGCUUCGUAUUCUUGAUCUCGAGGCAAAGACUCCUCUCUAUACCAACUUUCUAGACACCCUGAAUGGCCUGCCCACCAUCCGGGCUUUCGAUUGGUUUCCUCAUCAACUAGCCCGCAACAACACCCUGCUCGAUGAUUCCCAGCUGGCCGUUGUAGCUGUCCUCCUAGUAGCUCUCGCGACGCAAUUAAGAUCUGACACGGGCAACGUCGGUGCAGGUCUGGUUACUCUCAUCACACUCGGCGGCACGCUGACAACAAUUGUGGUCGCGUACACCGGUCUUGAAACGUCUCUUGGCGCAAUCGGUCGCCUUAAAGCAUUCGAAGAGGAGACUGAGAGGGAAGAUUCCGUAGGCGAUGAUGUUAUACCUGAUGAAGCCUGGCCAAUGAACGGGCAUAUAGAUAUACGUAACGUGGACGUAAGCUACAAUGGCAGUCAUAAGGUCCUGGAAGGUUUGAACAUGAUUUUUGAACCCGGACAGAAAGUUGCUAUAUGUGGAAGGACGGGAAGCGGCAAAUCCUCUAUCCUUGCACUACUGCUACGCCUCAUCGACCCCUUGCAAGCGAGCGCUACUGCAAAUCAUCAGCCUGUCAUCAUGAUUGAUGGCGUUCCCCUCAACACCGUCAAUCGUAUCACCCUCCGCGAGCGCGUCAUUUCAGCUUCACAAGAUCCCGUUGUCCUCCCCGAAGACACAACAUUCCGCGCGAAUCUCGACCCAGCCUCCGUUGCAACUAAUGAAGAGUGUGCUGCCAUUCUUUGCGAUGUCGGUCUCGACACCGCUGUCGAAGAAAAGGGCGGACUUAAUGCCAUGAUCAGCGGAGCUGAACUCAGUGCAGGCCAGAAGCAGUUAUUCAGUGUUGCUCGCGCGGUACUACGCCGCAGGGUGAGACGUCGAGAAACCGGUGUUGACGGCGGUCUUCUGCUCCUUGACGAGAUCACAUCGGGAGCGGAUACUGAGACGGAGAAGAGAGUUCAUCGGAUACUGGACUCUGAGUUUGGGGGAUAUACGGUAAUCAUGGUCACACAUCGGAAGGAGAUGGCUAUUUCCUGUGAUCGGGUGAUUAUGUUGGAUGCAGGGGAGGUGGUCGAGGAUGGUCCGCCCCAGGUGCUACUUGCGAAGGCGGACGGCAGAUUCAAAGCUUUAUGGGAAUUGUGA